AUGGGUUCUGUGUUGCCUGCCGAAGCCUUGGUGCUGAAGUCGGGAUUUAAGCCUCCGACUUUCUCCCUCUCGGAGAUCAUCACGUCCGACAUCCUCCACAGUUUCCUGUACGGCCGCUGGCGGAACGUGCUGGGCGAGAACCUGCUCGAGGACAAGAGCAGCCCCGUGUGCCCCAAAACCGCCUUCACCGCCGAGGUGCUCGCGCAGUCAUUCUCCGGAGAGGUGCAGAAGCUGUCCAGCCUGGUGCUGCCGAGCGAGGUGGUGAUUGCGCAGAGCUCGGUGCCGGGGGAGGGGCUGGGCAUCUUCUCCAAGAGCUGGAUCAAGAGCGGCGCCGAGAUGGGGCCCUUCACCGGACGGGUCAUCUCCCCUGAACACCUGGACCUCUUCAAGAACAACAACCUCAUGUGGGAGGUGUUUAACGAGGACGGGACGGUGCGCUACUUCAUCGACGCCAGUCAGGAGGACCAGCGCAGCUGGAUGACCUACAUCAAGUGCGCACGCAACGAGCAGGAGCAGAACCUGGAGGUGGUGCAGGUCGGCAGCAGCAUCUUCUACAAGGCCGUGGAGACCAUCCCUCCUGACCAGGAGCUCCUGGUGUGGUACGGCAACACCCACAGCACCUUCCUGGGCAUCCCCGGGGUCCUGGGCAUGGAGGAGGAGCAGCAGAAGAAACACAAGAACGAUGAGCUGUCCCUGUGCGAGAGCUCUGCGGCGGCGGCGGCGUUAGCGUCGGCUAGCCGCAUGCGCUGCGUGAUCUGCCACCGCGGCUUCAACUCGCGCAGCAACCUGCGCUCGCACAUGCGCAUCCACACGCUGGACAAGCCCUUCGUCUGCCGCUUCUGCAACCGCCGCUUCAGCCAGUCGUCCACGCUGCGCAACCACGUGCGGCUGCACACCGGCGAGCGCCCCUACAAGUGCCACGUGUGCCAGAGCGCCUACUCGCAGCUGGCAGGCCUGCGCGCCCACCAGAAGAGCGCCCGCCACCGGCCACCGGGGGGCAGCGCAGGGCUCAGCGCAGGCGGGGUGGGGGUGGGGGUGGGGGUGGGGGUGGGGGUGGGGGGGGCUGUGGUGGUGGGCCUCCAGACGCACUCCCCUCCGCCGCCACAGAUGGCGCAAGUGCCACACCCGGCCUCCCUGGUGCAUCAUAUGCCCACUAUGGUGCUGUAG